UGCUGCUGGCUGGUGCCGCCGCCUGUGGAACUUCCGCGCUCGCGGGAUUCGAAACGCCACAAUGGCUCAGAACGUUCAGAAUGUGACAUUGUCUCUGACGCUGCCCAUCACCUGCCACAUUUGCCUGGGAAAGGUCCGCCAUCCGGUCAUCUGUGUCAACAACCACGUGUUCUGCUCCAUUUGUAUUGAUGUGUGGUUGAAGAACAAUAGUCAGUGUCCGGCUUGUAGGAUCCCUAUCACCCCUGACAAUCCCUGCAAGGAGAUUAUAGGAGGAACAAGUGAAAGUGAGCCUAUAUUUAGUCCUACAGUCAGAAAACAUCUUCGUAAAACCAGACUUGAACUGCUCCACAAAGAAUAUGAGGAUGAAAUAGAAUCCUUGCAGAAAGAAGUGGAAGAGCUAAGAGGUAAAAACCUUAGCUUGGAAGCGCAGCUGAAAACGGUUCUGGAUCCUGGGGCCUUGGGUCUGUGUAACACACAUGAAGAAAGUCAUCGGUCUACAGAUGAGGCGAGCCGAGCUGGCCCAGAAACUGUAGAAGAAUGGACCAAGAAACUUAAAGCUGCUAAUGAUCUAUAUGAGAAAGUGAAAGAUGAUGUGGAAAAGUUAAAGGAGGCAAAUAAGAAACUGAGACUGGAAAAUGGUGGCCUUGUGAGAGAGAAUUUGCGACUGAAGGCUGAAGUUGAUAGUAGAUCACCUCAAAAGUUUGGUAGAUUUACGGCAGCUGCACUUCAGUCCAAAGUAGAGCAAUGUGAACGUGAAACGAACCGUCUGAAAAAAGCACUGGAAAGAAGUGACAAGUACAUAGAAGAACUGGAGGGUCAGCUUACUCAGCUGAAAGGAUCAAGUGGAGAAACCCAAAAUGUGAGUACUGUUAGUGAGAGAGCACUUUUCACAGAUCAUAAAGGAAGUGAAAGCAGUGAAGAAGACAUUGCAUCAUUGAAAAGCCAAGUAGAAAGACUAGAGAAAAAGACUUUAACUACCAGCCAAAGUCCUGACAAUCUUGAGCAAUUGUCAGGUAAUGGACUCUUAGAUAGUGAUGGCGCUUGCUCAAACUCUGCUAGUCAAGACAGUUCAAAUGGGCCAGUCACACACAGUCGUCCGACAAACAAAGAACUAUUUUCAGGGUGCCAGGAAGUUCUCCUGGAUAUAGCUGCUACAAAUAUGGAUGCCUGCUUAGAAUCACAGUGGGAUAAAGGUGAGGAUUGUGCACCAUAUAAAGAUGAAGAACUUUAUGAGCUUCCAGCACCAUGUACACCUUCUUUGUCUCUCAGUUGUCUCCAGUUGAACACCCCUGAUAUCAAAGAGAGUCCUCUCGUAAAACAGGAGAGUACGGGGAAGCCAUCUGCCUUUCUAAGGAAACUGGAGUUUGAUGAUUUUUGUGACACUUCAGAUGAUUGCAACAAAGAUUCUCCAGAACAUAGUGCAAGCCCCUGCAACAGCCAGAAGAAGGUGACUUGUUUUACUUCAGCAAAGCCAGUGUUUUGGAAUAGCUGCUCAACAAACUAUGCUGAGAACUUAGAUUUUGAAGGUUCAGAGCAAAACACAAUUACUAGUCAUUCAGGAGAGCCAUCGGCAAAGUCCAGCGAUAAGCAUGAACUUCUUUUAUCUAAAAGAUUACAUACUAUCCGCUCUUCAGAAAUGAACCGCACAAGAACAUCCAGUGAAGCAUCCAUGGAUGCUGCUUACCUUGAUAAAAUUUCUGAACUGGACUCCAUGAUGUCCGAAUCUGACAAUAGCAAGAGUCCCUACUACAACUUUAAGUCCUCUGAGCUUGAGAAUCCUUCAAAAUCAACACAGUGUUCUGAACUCCUGAAUGAAUCAGAUAAGAAGCUGGAAGAAAGGAACAAACAAAACAGUGUAAAAUGUCCUGAAUCAAGUGAGCAAUUGGUAGAUUGGAAACCUGCUACAUUUUCAAUCCUCUCUCCAUCUGGACUAGAGAUGAAUGAACACUUCCCAUUGUUUUCAGGCCGAAAUUCAGAAACUAGCGAAAUCAAACCUCAGAACUGUUUAUUUCAAAGAGAGUUUUCCCAAAGUUUUCUUUUCAGUAACUCGCAAAGGCUAUUUGAAGAACAAAAGUUGGGUUCCUCUAUUUUUAAGGUGUCAUCUGAGAUUCAUAAUCUUCACAACCAACUUCAGUCUCCUUGGGCUUCUUCCUUUAUUCCUGAAAAGAAACAUAAGAGUGUCAAUCAGUCGACCAAAAGAAAAAUUCAAAGCAGCCUUUCUAGUGCUAGUCCCUCAAAAACUACUAAAAACUAACUCUUGUUGAAUUGAAGUUAGUAGUCUUAGUGCCAACAUGGGAACAUUUAAAAAUGUCCAAGUGAACUUGAUUUCUGGUGAGUUCCAUGUGACCUGAUUCUGUCUCUUUUGAAAGCUGAAUGUUCUCUCAGCACCUCAAAUUGUUUCACUUAGAGAAGAACCAUUCAGAGCUUUCUUCUUUGAUAGAAGGUUUUGUUUUGUAAAUUUAUUUUUUUUAAUUGUCAGGUUAUGUGAAGUUCUCUUUGAGCAGCAGUUAUGUCCUCCUUGAAUAUGACCAAUUUUAAAUGUUCUUGUUAAACCAGCCCUUUAUAUGGGAAAGAACUUGCUUUUAAAAGUUUAAUUUCCUAUGCUACACGGUAAUGGUAAUUCUUGUAACGCUGCUACUGGUAAUAAUUGUUCACUUGCCAUAAAACACUGUAAAUUCUUUUUGUAAAACUUUACUUCCUGAGGAAACUGCUACUGCUGCUUAGACCUAUUUGCAUGGCACUAUUCUAUACUGAAACUGUAGUUAAAGUGUGUAUAUAAUGUAGCAGCCUCUCUCGUUUCAGCAUUUCAGUUAGAAAACCUCUCAUCUUCCUUAAGACUGAAAACAUGGCCCUUUUUUUUUUUUUUUUUUUUUGAAGUUAAGCACAAUUUUUUAAAUUUAGUUUCCACAAAGCAUUGUUAUUCAGAACAUAUUCAGUACGCCUGUGUAGACCAUAAAAAUGGGUUUGUAUGCGAAUGACUUGUUUACCUAAUGUGCACUGAACAUUUUACAUUAAUACUGUACUGUUUUACAUUAAUACUGCAUGCUUUUCUAUGUGAAUUGAAUAAAAGAUGUCAUAAGCACUAUAAUCUUUGAUGUUGCCUCAGAUAUUGGACUAGCACAGGAAGAAUUGGAAAAGUUUCCUUUUUUUAUAAUUUUGGAAACUGUAAAACUUUUUUUUUUAUAAGACUUAGGUUACAAUUUUUGAAUAAAUUCACAUUAUCUUCCCCCUCCUUGUUGGAUGCACUGCCAUUCUGGUGUCAGCGUCAAUGCAGUUGGUGGAAAUCUGUUUCAGCCUUUCUGGAGGUGACUUUUCCAUUAAGUAUGAAUAGGUCAAUGUAAUCUGAUUUGCUACAGAAAGGAGACCAAUUAAGCAGCAAAGCAAGAUUGGUCUCUUUGCAUUACAAUGUACUUUAUUGUGUUUAAAAUUAAAUAUGCUUUUUAUCUUAGACUUGGAAUUGUCAUUCUAAAUGGACCCCAUGAUGGCAUUUCUUACAAAUGGGCAAAUCAUGUCUAUCGAUGGAUCAAGGACAAGAAAUCUAUAAACUGUCUUUAACCCACCUGAUUAGAGGGAUAUACAGCUGGAAACUCUUUGGACUAACACUAUAAUAAAAAUAUUGUAGUUCUGUCAACAAUUGGACCUAGAAUAUAUUUUGCAUUUUCUAUGAACAUGUUCAGCAACAAGUGUGGCUUUACUUCUGUACAAAUAUCUGUUCCAAAAUGGUCACCAAUGCCACAAACACAAUAUCCCAGCCACAACUACAAGCCCCAGUACCAGACACCAACCUAUUCCAUAGCACCUCUUACUGUAGCUGACGCUGGGUCAGUCCUCCAAGGAAAGGAAUGUUGGUCAAUGUACAAUCUUAAUUUAUACUGUUCAAAAAUUAAGGGGCCAUCCUGUUCUGGACACUAAUUCUGGCUGUCCCUAGUUAAGUAAAUCACAGGAUUACUUUGUGUUAGCACUUUUUUCAGAGGCCAUUAUUUACCUUCUGUUUAAAAUAACAUUGCACUGAUAGUAAAUCAUGCAAGCACACGUGCAAUUGCCAAAUGCUGAGGUUAAUUUUUAUUUUGAUUCUUUGUAGUUGUAUGACCAAGCUCUGGGUCUUUGAAAUGUAAAUUUUGCAUGUUUUACACUUCAUAAUCAUUCCAGUUGUUUUACACCAUGUCAUUUUUAACUUUCGUUGAUAGGGUUAAGUAACAACAUGAAUGGUUGCUGGUGUCUUAUCUAAAUUCAAGUCAGAAUAUAUGAAAAUAUUAUAUUUAUUGUGUGGGUAAUCCUGGUGAUUUUUAAGCAGCAUUUUUGAUAGACAUUGUUUAGUUUUAGUCACGCAAAUGGAAAAGACAUUAAGACCUAAAAAAGGCAGUAAAUGGGCAAAGGUUUAAACUUGUAUCCCUUUCUGUCUUCUCCACCUCAGCCCCUUAUACUCUUCAAACUGAAGUACAUGCUUAACUUUUAUGCACUUAGUAGUCCUAGGGUAUGUCUGCACUGCAAUUAAACUCCCACUGCUGGCCCCUGUUUAACUGUGAUGGAGACGUUUGGGCUCAGGAUGGAGCCUGGGCUCAGCUUGUCUCUCUCCCCAACAGAGGUUGGUCCAAUAAAAGAUAUUAUUUCACCCACCUUGUCUCUGUAAAACACCUAACACACUUUAAGGGUGCUAUAUGGAUGGCAGGAGAGCGAUCACUUGCUCAUUACCUGUUAGGUUCACUCCCUCUGGGGCACCUGGCAUGGGCCACUGUCGGUAGCCAGGAUACUGGGCUAGAUGGACCUUUGGUCUGACCCAGUACGGCCGUUCGUAUGUUAUGUUCUUAUGUCAAUAAAUAGUAAUAUGUAAGCCACUCCUUUUGAUUUAAAGUUUACAGAAAGGAUUGGUGACAUGUACAGUCUAUACAUUAAAUCACAUACAGUGAAACAACUUUUUCAAUAGUAAAAAAACCCCAUAAAAUGUGUUAGUUGUUUAUAGGUUUUGUAUUCUUCAGGCUUUUUAUUGCUCCUCUCAUCAAAUCUUUAAAUAUAGCCAAUGUUUUUCACAAAUACAUUUAUUUAAAUACAAGUUAAUCUUUGUUAAACUGUUCCUACAUAUAGUUAUGUAAGAACAUGUAGUCAGUGUCUCUCUCUCUUUUUUACAAGAUCUGAUACAAAUUAAACUGUUGCAGGCUUUGAUCUAAUAACAAGAAAUAGAUGGCCGCCCUGAAGCUUACUAAGAAAAUAUUCUUUCUCAAGUUCUGCACAGUUUUUUCUAAGUCAGGCUAGGUCCUGCUGAAACAAGCUCUAUUAAAAUAUUUAAUUCUGCUGUGUACAAUAGAGGUCAGUAAAUAGGCAGUUACAAGUAAACUUACCAUGUGGGUUAGCUUAUUGCACAAGAUGUAACUUCCCUUUUCCUCUCCUGGUGUAUAGACCAUACAUGGCAAUAUGGUCUUCAGAGAAGAGGUGACCAGAGAGCAUCAUUAGCACCAAUUCUUUCCCUAGUCAACAUAAGGAGAAACCUACUUCCUCCCUCUUUGUUCAAAAGUGAAUGCCACCUGUACCCUAAGGGAACCUGGUUUUACUGCUACUCAUCACUAAAUCAAAGCUGUACAUUGACUCCUGCCAUUAACUAUGUUCUGCUACUGGGGGAAGUGCUCUCCAAGGUGUUUUUGUUUUGUUUAAUUUUGCAAGUGUUUUGGCUUAUAAAAUAAGAUUCUUUUUAAAGAAUUUGUACCAGUCAAAGUAGUAGAUUAAAAGUUGGCUGGGGGUGAGAGUUGUCCAACUGGCUUCUUAACAUUAGGAUCAAAAGUGCAGCCCUCAAAUAUCUGCUAUGUUACCAGAAGCACUUUAGAACACCUGCACUGAUGAGCUUAGUGAAGUCUUGCAGGGUGUGGUGUGUUAGAAACUUGGUGACCUAAGCUAUUCACGUAGGGCUGUGAAUUCAAUGUAAAAUAAAAACAGAGAACUUCACGGGCAAGGUUCCAACUCUCCUUCUCUUGGCCUACAUACUGUUAUAGGCCUGUGCAAAAGAGUGAGUACACUAAUAUACAGUACAAGUGAUGUAAUUCAAACGGUUUAAUAAAUUUUAGUUUUCUCUCG